CAGUGGUGACGUCAUCGGCCCCCGGAGAGCUCGCUCGAGCAUCUUCGCUGAAGACACUCGACUCGACAACAGAGCCAUUUUGACCGCUCCGGAGCGUGAGACAGCGGCCGUCCUCCGUCAUUCAUUCUCUCCGUGUCCUUCCUCCACCCUCCCCCCUUGUCUCCACUGUCAAACGCCUGGACAGUGGAGGGUGGGGCUGCCUGGACUCAACGAGACACCGCCGGUGUUGUAACCUCAGCUCUGCCCGGUUACAUGGAGAGGAGAGGCUGAGAGAGCACUUCCUCAGACCUGCUGCUGCUGCUGGAGGAGGAGGAGGAGGAGGAGGCGGAGGUGUCUCCGGAGCUGGAUAAAUAAAUAAAACGCAAAGGAGCGACACAGAGUCCCGACAGCAGGACGUUGAAUUGGCUCUGCAGAGACCUGCAGGUCCUACCCCGGGGCUCUGAAGAAAGCACCUGAGGGUGCGUGGAAGACAGCACCAUGUCAGGGGCUUCUGUGAAGGUGGCGGUGCGAGUCCGCCCUUUCAAUUCCAGGGAGAUGGGAUUCGAAAGCAAGUGCAUCAUCCAGAUGUCUGGAAACACCACCACCAUCGUCAACCCCAAACAGGCCAAAGACAACAAGAGCUUCAACUUUGAUUACUCCUACUGGUCCCACACCACGCCCGAGGACAUCAAUUAUGCCUCUCAGAUGCAAGUAUACAAAGACAUCGGCGAGGAAAUGCUGCUGCACGCCUUUGAGGGCUACAACGUCUGCAUCUUUGCGUAUGGGCAGACAGGUGCUGGCAAAUCUUACACCAUGAUGGGGAAGCAGGACGUUAAGGAUCAACAAGGAAUCAUUCCUCUGAUGUGUGAAGAUCUUUUCACUAAGUUUAAUGACAAUACAGACAACAGCAUGUCUUAUUCUGUGGAGGUCAGCUACAUGGAGAUCUACUGCGAACGAGUGCGGGAUCUGCUGAACCCCAAAAACAAAGGGCACCUGCGUGUGAGAGAACAUCCACUGAUGGGUCCCUACGUGGAGGACCUGUCCAAACUGGCUGUCACCUCCUACAAUGACAUCCAGGACCUGAUGGACUCCGGCAACAAGGCCAGGACCGUGGCGGCCACCAACAUGAACGAGACGAGCAGUCGCUCACACGCCGUCUUUAACAUCAUAUUCACGCAGAAACGCCACGACGCCGAGUCUGACAACACGUCUGAGAAGGUCAGUAAAAUAAGUUUGGUGGAUCUGGCCGGCAGCGAGAGGGCAGAUUCUACUGGAGCUAAAGGAACAAGGCUGAAGGAAGGAGCAAAUAUCAACAAAUCUCUCACUACUCUGGGGAAAGUCAUCUCUGCUUUGGCAGAAGUGGACUCUGGGCCGAAUAAGAAUAAAAAGAAGAAAAAAGUGGAAAGCUUCAUCCCCUACAGAGAUUCAGUCUUGACCUGGCUACUGAGAGAGAACUUAGGCGGUAAUUCUCGCACCGCGAUGGUCGCUGCUCUGAGUCCAGCAGAUGUCAACUACGACGAGACCCUCAGCACGCUCAGGUACGCGGACCGCGCCAAACAGAUUCGCUGCAACGCCGUCAUCAAUGAGGAUCCCAACAACAGAUUGGUGCGUGAGCUGAAGGAGGAGGUGGCUCGACUGAAAGACCUCAUCUUCGCCCAGGGCCUGGGUGACAUCAUUGAGACAUAUCGUGGGUCUGGUGCUGAGAUAGAGGGUUUGAAAUUGACCAAUGCCAUGACGGGGAUGAGUCCCUCUCCGUCUCUCACAGCCUUGUCCAGCCGCGCUGGAUCCAUCGCCAGUCUGCACGACCGCAUCAUGUUCAGCCCGGGCAGCGAAGAAGCCAUCGAGCGGCUGAAGGAAACAGAGAAAAUCAUUGCCGAACUCAAUGAAACCUGGGAAGAGAAACUUCGCCGGACAGAGGCCAUUAGAAUGGAAAGAGAGGCCUUGCUCGCUGAAAUGGGCGUUGCGAUACGAGAAGAUGGCGGAACAGUUGGUGUGUUCUCCCCUAAGAAGACGCCUCAUUUGGUGAACCUCAACGAGGAUCCUCUGAUGUCUGAGUGCCUCCUGUACUACAUCAAAGACGGAAUCACCAGGGUUGGUCGUUUAGACGCCAGCAGUCGCCAGGACAUCGUCCUCAGUGGCCACUUCAUCAAGGACGAGCACUGCACCUUUACCAGUUCUGAUGAUCCAACAGGAGAAACUGUUGUCCUGGAGCCUUGUGAAGGAGCUGAGACUUACGUCAACGGAAAGAGAGUGACUGAGCCCACUGUCCUCAGAUCAGGAAAUCGCAUCAUCCUGGGGAAGAGCCAUGUGUUCCGGUUCAACCACCCCGUGCAGGCUCGGGCCGAGCGGGAGAGGACACCCUGCGCCGAGACGCCUGCUGAGCCCGUGGACUGGGCCUUCGCCCAGAGGGAGCUGCUGGAUAAGCAGGGCAUUGACAUGAAGCAGGAAAUGGAGCAGAGGCUGCAGGAGCUGGAGGAUCAGUAUCGCAAAGAAAGGGAGGAGGCCAACAACCUGCUGGAACAGCAAAGACUGGAUUAUGAGAGCAAGCUGGAAGCUCUUCAGAAGCAAGUGGACCGUUAUUACCCAGAAGCUACAGAGGAAGAGGAGGAGCUAGAAGAAGAAGUGCAAUGGACAGAGAGGGAGCGGGAGCUCGCUGUGUGGAGCUUUCGCAAGUGGAGGUGCUACCAGUUCACCUCACUCCGUGACCUGUUGUGGGGAAACGCCAUCUUCCUCAAAGAGGCCAACGCCAUCAGCGUGGAACUCAAGAAGAAGGUCCAGUUCCAGUUUGUGCUGCUGACAGAUACUCUCUACUCGCCUCUGCCUCCCGACCUGCUGCCCCCAGAAGAAACUAAAGAGAGAGAAAAGAGACAAUUCCCACGCACCAUUGUGGCUGUGGAGGUGCAGGAUCAGAAAAAUGGAGCCACCCACUACUGGACAUUAGAAAAACUAAGGCAGAGGCUGGAUCUCAUGAGAGAGAUGUACGACCGUGCAGCGGAUGUGCCCAACACCACCAGCGGCACCAGCGGCACCACCGGCACCACCACCGCCACCAAGGAGGAGUCUGAAAAUGUGAUGACUGGAGGCGACCCCUUUUAUGACCGCUUUCCCUGGUUCCGUCUGGUCGGCAGAAACCCCAUUUUCAACACAUGCAUGAGCGAGCGCAUGAGUGACCCCACCCCGUCCCCGACUCUCUCCAACUCUGAGAUUACUGAGCUGGCUGACUCGCAGCAGGAGGGUCGAGGGGAGAAGGAGGAGUUGGAGGAGUUGGAGGACCUGGAUGAUGAUAUCUUUUUGGACGACCCGUGCUUGGAGCUCGGGGGAGAGGAGGAGGAGGAGGAGGAGGAGGAUGAGGAUGAUGAUGAUGAUGGUGAUGAUGAUGAUGAUGAUGAGGGAGAGCUCUGCCGAGGCUCCAGCGAAGGCCAGGAUCCCUUUUACGACCGCUCACCAUUAUUCAGUGUAGUGGGAAGGGCUUUUGUUUAUCUCAGUAACCUACUGUACCCGGUUCCCCUCGUCCACCGCGUGGCCAUCGUCAGCGAGAAGGGAGAAGUGAAGGGCUUCCUCCGCGUGGCGGUGCAGGCCAUAUCAGGUGCUUUGUGUUUCCCUCCAGCGGAUGAGGAAGCUCCCGACUACGGCUCGGGAGUGCGGCAGUCUGGCACUGCCAAGAUCUCAUUCGAGGAUCAACAAUAUGAAAAGUUCCAGUCUGAAUCCUGCUCUGUGGGACUGUCCCGGACAGGGAUUUCCCAGGAGGAGCUUCGUAUAGUGGAGGGCGAGGGUCAGAAUGCAGAAAUGGGACCCUCAGCUGAUGAGGUCAACAACAACACAUCUGGUGACGAGCCGGAGAAUCCGCUGAAGCCCGCUCAGGACGGCCAGCUCGAUGCUGUGGAGCAUCUCAGGAUUGGUGACGUCUUUACCUUCAGGGUCACCGUCCUGCAGGCGUCGAGCAUCCCUGCGGAAUACGCUGACAUCUUCUGUCAGUUCAACUUCAUCCACCGACAUGAUGAGGCUUUCUCGACAGAACCCCUAAAAAACACCGGCCGUGGGCCGCCUCUCGGCUUCUACCAUGUGCAGAAUAUUGCUGUUGAAGUCACUAAAUCCUUCGUUGACUACAUCAAGACUCAGCCAAUCGUGUUUGAGGUGUUUGGACACUACCAGAAACAGCCUUUCCUUCCUCUCUGUAAAGAUGUCAUCAGUCCGCUCCGUCCCUGCAGAAGACAGUUCCCCAGAGUGAUGCCUCUGUCCAAACCAGUGGACUCUGACGACUCACCAGAGCGGGAGAAAUCACUGGACCUCAUCCGAUACCUGGUCCCAGAUGUGUUCAAUGGGGCGCUGGUGGACUCGCUGUCGGGCCACGCCCUGUCUGCCGCCGGCAUGGCUGCAUCCUUCCUACUGGAAGCAAAUGAGCGAGCUCAGUUGACAGCCCCACCCACCUCUAUCUGUUCAGUUAUUAAAGCUCAGAAGCCGGUACCUGCCACCAAGCUGACAGCCAUGACUCGCCCGCAGGCAGGACCCUGCCACUCUAAAUAUGACCUCAUGGUGUUCUUCGAGAUCUGUGAGCUGGAGGCCACUGGAGACUACAUCCCUGCUGUGGUGGAUCACAGAGGAGGAAUGCCCUGCCACGGCACGUUCCUGCUGCACCAGGGCCUUCAGAGGAGAAUCGCUGUCACGAUUGUCCACGAAUCAGCAGGUGACAUGGACUGGAGGGACGUCCGUGAGCUUGUUGUGGGACGUCUCCGCAACACUCCUGAAUCUGACGAGACCAUCAUUGAUCCCAAUAUUCUCUCCCUCAACAUCUUGUCUGCUGGUUAUGUCCGGCCACUGCAAGACGACAGACAGUUUCUUGAUUCGGACAUGCCUAGCAUUUCCUUGGGAGUUGACCAUAGGACCUUCUUCCGCUUUGAGGCUGCGUGGGAUAGCUCCAUGCACAACUCUCUGCUUCUAAACCGAGUCACUCCAUAUGGGGAGAAAAUCUACAUGACCCUUUCAGCUUACCUUGAGAUGGAAAACUGCACUCAGCCUGCAGUCAUUACCAAAGAUGUCUGCAUGGUGUUUUACACCAGGGACACAAAGCUCUCCGCCUCACGCUCUAUUCGCAACCUUUUCGGCACCGGCAGCCUGAGAGCAGCUGAUGGAAACCGAGUAACUGGAGUUUAUGAGGUCAGCUUAUGUAACCUAGCGGAUGCAGGAAGCCCAGGUAUGCAGAGGAGACGCAGGCGGGUGCUGGACACCUCAGUGGCCUACGUCCGUGGUGAGGAGAACUUGGCCGGGUGGAGGCCUCGCAGUGACAGCCUCAUUCUGGACCACCAGUGGGAGCUGGAGAAACUCAGCCUCCUUCAAGAUGUGGAGAAGACAAAACAUUACCUCCUGCUGAGAGAGAAACUGGAGUCCACCCUGCUCAUGGGUCAGGAUUCUCUGCAGGCCUGCAGUGUCACUGAGGAGCUGAGUGAGUCUCCUCAGCUCGCUGAGGGUGACCAAGAGGUCAGCUUCAGCUCUGAGUUCACGACUGAUAGGCAGAGGGAGCUCGCAACCAAGUGUCUGCGGCUGCUCACUCACUCCUUCAACAGAGAAUAUGGCCAUGUGUGUGUCAGCGCCAGUGAAAGCAAGAUUUCAGAGAUGUCCAUCACAACACUAAAAGACUCCACUUCAAUCUCCUCUCUAAACACAAUUAUACCGUCUUCAACAUGCCCUUCGCUGGUUGAGGGUUGCUAUGACACCACUGAACUCAGGCCUCCCAUGCCUCGCUCUCGUGCCGUCAGCCCCGGUCCUGACUCACAGCAGGACUCCGAGGGCAAGAAGCCCAGUAAUGGAGCCUCUGAAGCCAAACCUCCCAUCCGCAGAUUUGUCCCCGACAUCCAGGAGAUUAGAGUCAGCCCCAUCGUGUCAAAGAAGGGUAACAUCCAUUUCUUGGAGCCACACACCAAUGGAUGGGUGAAGCGCUUCGUUGUGGUACGGCGGCCGUACGUCUACAUCUACAACACAGAAAGAGACGCUGUGGAGCGGGCUAUUCUCAAUCUCUCCUCAGCUCAGGUGGAGUACAGUGAGGACCAGCAGGCAAUGCUGAAGACCCCAUACACAUUUGCUGUGUGUACAGAACACCGUGGAAUUUUACUUCAAGCCGCUAACGACAAAGAGAUGCAUGACUGGCUGUACGCGUUUAAUCCUCUCCUCGCUGGAACUAUCAGGUCAAAGCUGUCAAGAAGACGAGCCGGACAGAUGAGGAUGUGAAACAACGCAAACCAAUUUCAAGAGGGUGAUCGCAAAAGACUUAAAUGUAAAUAGAUCCUUGUCCUUAUCGCUCCCCCUGUGCUGAGCCCCACCACCAUCACCAACAACAGUCUUUCCUGUGUGAGUUCUCAGUCUAUCACGCGUGUCCUCUUUGGCACCUAAAGCGCCCAUUUUGUGUCAGGCCUUUUGUCGCAGUGUGAGUCUCGUAGUCCGGAGAGCGUUUUCAAAAAAGCUGUCGCUGUCCUGCACUGUUCUGGAGUUUAUUCAUAACUGGGUUUUGAAGAAAAUGGAGGGAGUAGCAACAGUUUUCUUGUCUCAGAUUACAUACGUAUGGUAAUGUACUGUAGUUGUUGUCAGUGGCACAUCAAGCCUUAUACAUUUAUCUCUUUAAAAAAAUGAAUACAGUGACAUGAACCUGACUCAAAGGAUCACAUUUGCAUCAGUAAAUAAGCGUGCAACAUGCAGCUUCUUCUCUUCUCUACUCUACUGCUAUAUAUACAGUGUCUAAACAGGUUUGCAUCCAGCAUACAACAAGAAAAUGCACAAAAAAAGAAAAAAUGACAGUUGUGUAACUCUUUACAAUAUUUCCCUCUUCUUUCUGGCCUGUGAUUCCUCCUGACAUUGAGUAAUUUGCCUAAAACUACUUAGAAACUUUAGCACACACACACACACACAUACACAUAUACAGCGUGAAAAGAGAACGGCAUAUCAUCGUACACGUCAUGUUCUUGUGGCAUUUUGAUAAAUCCAUGUCAUUUUAGCUACUUGUAGGAGCAGUGUGGGUUUGUACAUUUACAUGUGAGUUACUAAUCUAAUAUCAUUCCAUCAAUA